CCUGAUCUCUCUCUUCCACCUCCUCGCCCUCCUCUUCUUUCAUCAUUCUAACUACUUCUACCCGACUUGGCUGCUGCCUAUAUCUGGCCCCUCCUCUACGCCAUCAUGCAACUCCGCUACCUGCUGGCGCUCAGCGCCCUAUCAUCGGCCGCUCUUGCGCACGCGGAACCAGCGGCUGGAGUUUUUUCGCUGUCACCGCAAACCGAAGCGCCGGUCGCUCAACCAACAUCCAUUGUUGAUCAAUACCUCAAGCCCAAGCGGUAUAACCGGUCCUUGAACUUCCAAAAGAGGGCGACCACCACCGAUGAUACCACCACGACGGAUGCAGCCACCACCACUGCGGACUCCACUACAUCCGAGUCGACCAGCACUACCGAAGCCACCACCACCUCCGACACCUCCACGACCAGUGCGACGACUACUGCAACCACUGCCACGAGCACCAGCUCUAGCAGCACCACUUCAUCAUCCUCCUCCCAAUCCACUACUAGCGCCACCUCCACCACUCAAAGCACCACGACUACCUCGACGACCACUAGUACCACCACCUCCGCCACGAGCACCAUCUCCGCCGCGCAAAAGGAGUACAACCACCGCGGAGAGAUCGCCGCCAUCGUGACCUUCAGUGUUCUCAUCUUCAUCUUCCUCGCCCUCACCUUCUUCCUCUGCUUCCGCGAGAAGGCCAAGACCAACCGUCUGGCCAAGAAGGCCGACGCAGGAGCCGAUUACUCCAUGGUGCCGCUGGCCGAUGGCCGGCCCCAGAGCGAGGCCAAGUUUGACCGCGCCUCCAUGAUGUUCGCCUCCAACUCGCAGCUCAACCUAGACCAGAUGGCAAGGAGACCUACCUCCAUGGCGGCUAGUGAGACUCUGAGUGUGCCGAUGAACCGGACGGCGCCGGGGACGCCUUCGGAUGAGCAUCGGGCGAAUAUGGUUUGAUAGGUGGAUGUACAGUCUAGAUACCCGGGACAAUGUUCGACAUGAUUGCAGCAUGACAUUACCGAUCGGAGUCGCC